AUGGAGCAAGGAUGCCUGGGUCUCUUCCCCACAGAUGCCUGGACAAGUCGCUGGGUGGAGUCAAAGCACAAGUCAGACUAUGGGAAGUUCAAACUGACGGCGGGGAAGUUCUAUGGGGAUGCUGAGAAGGAUAAAGGCCUCCAGACAAGCCAGGAUGCCCGUUUCUACGCCCUGUCCGCUCGCUUUGACCCCUUCAGCAACAAGGACAAGACCCUGGUGGUGCAGUUCACUGUGAAACAUGAGCAGAACAUUGACUGUGGUGGUGGCUAUGUCAAGAUCUUUCCCUCAAGCCUGAGCCAGGAGGACAUGCAUGGGGACUCGGAGUACAACAUCAUGUUUGGCCCUGACAUCUGUGGUCCAGGGACCAAAAAAGUGCAUGUGAUCUUCAACUACAAAGGGAAGAACGUUCUGAUCAACAAAGACAUCCGCUGCAAAGACGAUGAGUUCUCCCACCUCUACACCCUCAUUGUGCGGCCUGACAACACCUAUGAGGUGAAAAUCGACAACGGCAAGGUGGAGUCAGGCAGCCUGGAGGAAGACUGGGACUUCCUGCCUCCCAAGAAGAUCAAGGAUCCUGAGGCCAAGAAGCCGGAGGACUGGGAUGAGAGGGCCAAGAUAGAUGACCCUGAGGACACUAAGCCUGAGGAUUGGGAUAAGCCCGAGCACAUUCCCGACCCUGACGCCAAGAAGCCGGAGGACUGGGAUGAGGAGAUGGAUGGGGAGUGGGAGCCUCCAGUGAUCCAGAACCCAGAGUACAAGGGGGAGUGGAAACCCCGCCAGAUCGACAACCCUGAUUACAAGGGAAAAUGGGUGCACCCUGAGAUCGACAAUCCAGACUACACCCCUGACCCCAGCCUGUACUCCUACGACAACUUUGGUGUCAUCGGCUUGGACCUAUGGCAGGUGAAAUCUGGCACCAUCUUCGACAACUUCCUGAUCACAGAUGACGAGAAGUUCGCUGAGGAGUUUGGCAAUGAGACCUGGGGGGCCACCAAGGACGCUGAAAAGAAAAUGAAGGAGCAGCAGGACGAAGAGCAGCGGAAGAAACAAGAGGAGGAAGAUAAGAAGCGGAAAGAGGAGGAAGGGGACGAGGAGCCCGAAGGGGAAGAUAAUGAAGAUGAGGAUGAUGAUGAUGACGACGAACCCGAGCCUGAGAAGGAGGAAGAGGAGGAAACGGAGGGACCAGUGAAGGAUGAGCUGUAGAAGGCGGUUCCCACAGCACCACUCCUCUGCUGAGCCUCACCCUGGACCGUGUGGCUUGCUUGGUUAAACCCAAAUAAGGAGGGGGGAGGGGAUACAGUAAUGUCUCUGUGAGACUUGAACUUUUUUAUUGGUGUUUCUGUUUGUGUUUUUUUUUUUCACAUGCCCCCAAUGCCAUCAACAAUCCAUUCAUGUCAGUACAGCUCUAGGCCCUGCAGGGCAUGAAUGUAUGGUAAAGUUAACAGUAGAAACUUAACCCUUGGUUCAGGCAAGAAUGGCAGCAUGGAAUACUUCUACUGGUGGCGAGCUUCUCUACUGGCUGGCUUCAGGUGCUCUGCAAAGGGGCAUAUAGGAGGCAGAGUAUCUCUCCUUCCCCUUCGCCAGUCCCUUACCUGCCCUGUCCCUCAAAGUUUAGUCUCCCUGAAUGGGUGGGGAGGUUGAUUGUCUUUUCCUCUGUUCUCAAGCACGGGGGUGGGAGUCUGCAAGACUGCAGUAUUAUGUCUCUUUUCAGCAGUCUGUUCUAGGGAACUGUAGCUGUGGGGAGAGCUCUUGCUCAAAGUGAGUGGCUCAAUCCAUUCCCCCUAGCUCACUGCUGCACUUUUUUUAUAACUGCAGCAUCUGUCCUGGCCUCUCUUGCAGCCACAGCUGGUGCCAAAGCCAGUUCAAAUGCAGGUGAUAGUAACUCUAAGCAAUUUCUCCCCUCCCCUUCUUUUGGGAUGCUGAAGCAAACAUCUCCUGUAGUUCUUUAAUCUUGUAUAACAGCCCUGCUACCCUCCACAAUCCCCC